AUGCGCGCGUACUAUAUGGACGAGCUCCCCGGCGACCAGCGCCUCCCGCACGACCAGCGCCUCCCGCACGACUCGGGCAACGUCGUCGACGACGCGACGCUCGACAAGCUCGGCGUGCUGCGGUGGCACAUCCCCGUUGACCCGAGCGGCGAGUGGGAGGGCAAGGUGGACGCGAUCGCCACCGAGAGGCAGUAUCGCAACCGCGACAUUUGCCUUGUCACCAAGGAGGGCAUGGGCGAGGACUUUGAGGCGACGCUGAAGCGGUUCUAUCACGAGCACAUGCACGAGGAUGAGGAGAUCAGGUACAUCAUCCAGGGCAGCGGCUUCUUUGACGUCCGCGAGUUCACCACGGACGCGUGGAUCCGCCUCCACCUCUCCGCGGGAGACAUGAUCGUGCUGCCCGCCGGUAUCUAUCACCGCUUCUCCCUCGACAUGGGCAACAAGUCUCGUACCAUGCGUCUCUUCAAGGAUGAGCCCAAGUGGAUCGCGUACAACCGCAGCACAGAGACUGAUAGCAACCCGUACAGGGUGGACUACCUCAAGAGCGUCCAGGGUGUCUCAGUCGGUGCUUAA